GACCCGACCCUCCUCCAGUGGGACCAUUCGCUUUGGGACAGGUCUCAAAUGCCAAGGGUUCGUCGAUCUGCACUUGCUGGCUAUGGGAUUACGCUGCACCCCACGGAGCCUACAAGGCCUUUGUGCCCUCUUCCUCCAUAAACGGUUACUAAAGGCGGAGAGGAUAUCCAACUGGGAGCAGGUACCACUGAGCCCGAGCCAACUAGAGUAUGCCGCCACUGAUGCUUGGGUAUCCAGACAGGUCUUGGAGGCUAUGAGGGCCGGCUUUUGUGUGGACAAGUACU